AUGCUGCGCCCCGCUCGUGGGCCCCAGGAUCAUGCCGUUCAUCGCCGUCACUGGUGGGGCCGCCGUGGCUCCGAGUUCCGGCGGAAGAACGGGAUCGCGGCCCUGUCUGGUCAGCAGGAUCAAGGCCGCACACACUUGCGUGUAACCAACCGGGAGCUGUGGUUUCUGCAUGUCGCCAUCCAUCGAAUCAGUACAGUGCACUCCGUACCAGUACAGUACCACCAACGUCCCUUGCUGAAGCCAGACGCUGUUACCAGCACGGUGCCGCCCGCCGACCACAUCAACGGUACCCCCGUUGCCUCCUUCAACUGUGCAAUAUUCCUCUCUAUGCAAUACUGGGGUUUAUCGCAUGUUAGGAUGUGCCAGCUGCUGCUGACUUCCGCCUCUCGCUCAUCCUUCCCCAACAUCUCCACCUCCACCGUCCUGGCGAGCAAAAGCCUCGGCCCGACAACCCUUCUCCGCUUCGCAACCUCACCCUGUCAGGGCCGGAGUUUCGGCAGCAGUACCCCUCACCGCCGUCAUCGCCAUCGCCUGCCCCUCGACGCAGCAAACGCACUUGUGCUCUCGUUCGGUUCGUCAGCUCGCCCACCGCCGCUGGUCGUUGUGCCCAAGAGACUCGUCACCAUGUCGGCUCUGCCUACCACCCAGAAGGCCGUGCAGAUCGUCCAGAAUGGCGGUGUCGACGUGCUGCAGCAUGUCGACAUGCCCGUCCCCACCGUCGGUGCCGGCCAGGUGCUGGUGCGGAACCGAUUUGCCGGCGUCAACUUCAUCGACACCUACUUCCGCACCGGCCUCUACCCAGCGCCGCACUUCCCGCUGACGCUCGGCCGCGAGGCCUCUGGAGAGGUGGUCGCCGCCGACGCAUCCGUCACGGACCUUAAGCCCGGCGCGCGCGUCGUCUACAUGGCCGGCACCGAGGGGGGCACCUAUGCGCAGUACACGGCCGUGCCCGCCAAGAACGUCGUCGCCAUCCCCGACUCGCUCUCGUACGAGGACGCCGCCGCCGUCUUUCUGCAGGGCCUCACCGCCUGGACCUUUAUCCGCGAGGCCGGCCAGGUCCAGCCGGGCCAGUGGGCCCUUGUCCACGCGGCCGCCGGCGGCGUGGGCCUCUUGCUCGUCCAGAUGCUUCGCAGCGUCGGCGCCAAGGUUAUCGGCACGGCGAGCACCGAAGAGAAGUGCGAGCUGGCGCGCAAGAACGGCGCCGAGUGGACCAUCAGCUCCAAGAAUCAGGAUGCUCUCGUCGAGAAAGUCAAGGAGAUUACUGGCGGGCAUGGCGUGGACGUCAUAUUCGACGGCGUCGGCAAGGCGACCUUUGAUGCCGACUUGCAGAUGAUCGCCAUGAAGGGGCAUCUCAUCUCUUUUGGCAAUGCGUCCGGCGCCGUGCCGCCCAUCUCGAUCCUCCAGCUGGGACCCAAAAACGUCAAGCUCAUGCGGCCCAUCGUGAACGGCUACGUCGCCGAGCGCAAGGACCUAGAGAUGUACUCGACCGAGCUCUUCCAACUCGUCACGGCGGGCAAGGUCAAGAUUUCCGUGCACGAAAUCUACCCGCUCAAGGACGUAGCCCGGGCCCACACGGACAUUGAAGGCCGCAAGACGACGGGCAAGCUGUUGAUAAACUGCGAUUGA